GAUUUCCAUAACUUUCUCACCAAUGUUCACAACUUUCUUCUACAAACAAUUCGACCGUAUGAGUGGUACGCGAGUCUUCCCGAGAUGCUGUGAACCCGAUUAUUAUUUAAUACCAGAAUUAUAAUAGUCUUUUCCGAACCACCGAGCCCCGUCAACACUGAGAAGGAAUGAAGACAAGCUGAACAAUGCAGUCCAAAAUCAACUCCUCUAGCACACCAGCUAUCUCUUUCCUUGGGCCAAUUUCUUCUUAUACUCAUCAGGCCGCUCUUGGACGCUUCGAUAAAGAGAAAUACGAGUACCAACCAGCAGUCGGAAUACCAGAUGUUUUCGAGGCUGUGCAAUCGGGCAAGGCAGAGUUAGGUGUCGUACCUUUUGAAAAUUCUACAAAUGGAGCUGUGAUCUUUACCCUAGAACUCCUCGCAGAUCGCCAUUCCUUAUAUAAAGAUGUCACAAUAUGUGGCGAAGCCUAUCUUGAUGUUAGUCACUGCCUGUUAGGCUAUGUUUCGACGGCAGAUUCACCAGUGAUGUCUGGUACUUGUACUCCGACUACAUCGACCCCUUCUCCUGUCAAGCCAAAGACAACGCCGCUAUCUAGUCUCAAUCACAUUCAACGUAUCUACACCCAUCCACAAGCAUACGGCCAGUGCGAGGCAUUUCUAGGAACAUAUUUGAAGGGGGUUGAGAGGCUGGACGUCAGUUCCACAAGCAAGGCAGCCGAAAUCGUUAAAGCAGAUAAGAGUGGUACAAGUGCAGCCAUUGCCAGUUCGCUCGCAGCAGAUAUCCACAAAUUAGAUAUUCUGGCAAAAGGAAUUGAGGAUCGUGACGAUAACACUACCAGAUUUCUCAUUUUGCGCAAAGGUGUAGAUGCAUCCGCUACAAAGGUUGAUGUUGCCGCCAAGUCGAUGGUUACUUUUACAAUUGAUCAUCGAACACCGGGUGCACUCGCAGACGUACUGGACUGCUUCAGGAGAUACCAAGUAAAUUUGACGAGUAUUAACAGCCGCCCAACGAAAGUGGUUCCUUUCCAAUACAUUUUCUUCGUUGAGUUUGAGGGAAGUAAGCUGAGUGAUCCAGAGGGGAAAGUAGCUGGGGCAUUGAACAGCCUUGACAAGUACACACAGGAUUGGCGCUGGCUUGGAAGCUGGGAAGAUGAACUUGUGGAUAGACAAAAGAGAAUAUAAUGGGAUAUCAAUGGCAUGGUAUUUAUGGUAUGGUUACACCGAAGGAAAUUUAGACAAAUAUCCGCCUUUAUCGGAUUCUUAUCGAUAAGGAUGACGCUUUUCUUGGCAUUCAGGUUGCGGGCCUUUUCACGUCGUUUGAAUCUUCGGA